AUGAAGUUGCACAGUUUGAACGACAGUCUGCGCUUCAUUUGUGGUUUACAGUUUCUGCUUUGCUGCAGCGGUUUCUAUGUGCGCGGUUCAAAGUUCGUGAGCAACAAGUAUACGCGCAGUUAUUCGCUGAUCUGUGCCACGUUGAUAGUGUGUGGCUUAUGCGCGGCUAUCUAUGCGCUGCUGCAGCAUGAGCAGCUGCUGGAGCGUGUGCUGCAGCUGGACAAACUGGUGCUGAGCAUAACCGUCUUGGAGCUGAUUAUGUCCACGCUGGUGUUUCUCAUUACUGUGCUGUCGCUGCAGCGUUGCGCGUCCAAGCAUUUGGACAUAUAUGCGCGCCUGGCUAGCAUUGAUUUGCAGCUGAUGCAACAGUUUGGUGCCAAUUUGCAUUACAACAAAAUGCAGCGCAAGAAUGUGCUGCUGAUUAGUUUGGUUACGCUGCUUUAUUUGGGCGCCAUUAAUACGGCGCUGACACGCGUAGCCGAGACGCAGCAUCUGCUGCUGCUGCUGCCUGUGGCGCUGUUGUAUAUUCUCAUUACAGGUGGACCACAUCUCACUGGCUAUGUGCACAUGAAUCUAACUGAACUGCUCAGCAUACGCUUUCGCCUGCUGCAGCAAAUACUCAAGCCGCAGUUUCUGCACACGCACUUUGGACACAAUGCGCAGCUUUGCGAGCAUCGUGUGGCUAGCUUUGCUGACUUGGUUAAGCAGCUACAUUACAUUAUACAACAAAUCAAUGAGGUGUACAAUCUGAGUCUGUGGGCGUCCAUUGCUCAUGACUUUACGCUCAGCACCAGCGAGCUAUACAUUAUAUUCGGACGCUCCAUCAGCGAGCAGACGGACAGUGAGCAGAGCAAUCUGUUGUUUAUGGGCUUUCUGGCUUUGUGCAUGCUGGUGCCGUUUUAUAAGAUGCUCAUUGGGCCUGUUUACUGCAGUCGCAGUGUGCUGGAGGGACGCAAGUGUUUGCGCCUGCUGGAACAACUGGACAAUUGGUUUCCGCGCAGCUUGGCUAUCAAACAGCUGGUGGGCUGCCUGAUGCGCUGGCGUCUGCAGUUCAAAAUCGCUUAUACGAGCGGCAUGAGUCUGGUGCUGAAUAAAACGAUAAUAACAUUGUUUACAGCAAUUGUUUGCGAAUAUUUACUCGUGCUCAUACAAUUCGCCAUGACGCAGAAGCUGGGCGAGCAGAUUGAGGAGCAGAAGAGUACGCUGCAGGACUGGAUAGUCACGUAG